AUGCAUUCCUGUAUGAGUAUUGAGCGAGAGGAGCCCAUAGAGGUGGACCCCACCCCAACACAUGCUGGACUGGAGAAUGGACACGCUGCUACCACAGAACCGUUAGAGUUGCUACACGGAAAAGUCUCUCCCCCGAAUAACUUCCCACACGAGCACACGGCCCCUGUCGCCAUGAGGAUGCCCCACCUCCCCAUCACCGCUACAACCAAGACGGCAGAAAUGAAGGGCCCAGACUCUCCCAGCAGCCCUUCUGAUUCUCUUUCCUCUCCAGUCUCUGAUGACUCACCUACUGGCCAAUCAGCUGCUAGCACUAACCGGAUCCAACCAAUAGAGGAGUUUCCAAUUCAACCAGUAUCUUCUACGUGGACCCCCACACCUAUCAGAGCACUGGGAUCUCCCCGCCUUCAAGAGAAAGCAAAUUCCGUCCCAGCAAAGUCUGUCACCUACUCAGGACUUGUGCAGCAUGACAGAGACGAUGAUGUAAGCAGUGACAGAUCCUUUGGUCAGGUAGGAGAGAGGAGGCGGGAGCUUGUGAGGUCUCAGACUCUGCCACGUAACAUUGGUGCCCAGGCCCGUCGAUCUAUCUUCGAAAGGCUCGACUCAGAAGCCAAUAACAGUCACCCCAAACCAGUAGACUCUAAACCUAAACUGAAGCGGUCUCAGAGUUUUGGGGUAUCCAGCGCCAGCAGCAUCAAGCAGAUCCUUCUUGAGUGGUGCCGAUCCAAGACCAUAGGCUACCAGUGCUGUGUUUGGCUGACAGUGGGGGAUCUCCCACGGCAGACACAGGCAGAAACAAAGGUGCCCUUGUGUUGUUUCGCUCUGACCACAUGA